UGAUUUCUUGAAACAACGUUUGCCUUCACUUAAUCGACAAAAUUUACGCAAAGUUCUUUGAAUAAAAUUGGGAAUCAAAACGGAUCCAAGAGUUACAAAAUUAUCGUUUAGAAUGACCAGGGGCGCGAGGAUAUCCAACGACGGAUUGUCCGGGAUGCAGAAUGAAGGACCAUGUUUUCGAGGAGCACCAGAUGCGCGCCAGAAGAGACAAAAAUCGAACGUGAAACCGUCCAGAAAACCACUGCAAUCACUACAAUUGGCCGGUCGAAAUUUGAGCCCCACUAGUUUGAAGAACAGAGGAAUCCUGAAGUCUGAGGACCUAAGUGCCCUGGUGCCGCGGGACUAUAAGUCGGAUAAGUACCACACCGAUCGCCAGAACCUGGCAGAUAUAAUCCUGAUGCAGGCGCGGCGCAUCGAGAAGCAGAAGCGGGAAAUGCAGCGAAUAAAGGUGCACUAUGAGCGCCAGGUGUCCACCAUCAAGAGCAAUGCUUCUUUGCUGGAGACCCACCUGCAAAAGCUGCUGACCAGUGUGCGCCAGGAUCGGGCCCAGCGCAUCGGCGAUCACUACCAGAACAUGUCCAGUGCCGUGGAGAAGCUGCAGAGGUGCGACCUCAAGUCCAAGCCACAGUCCGUGUCCAACCAACUGCUCAUCAAGUUCCUCAACUCCAAAGCCAGUACGCCCUCCUCCAGAAACCCUAAUGAAAAAGUGUGUACCUACAGGAAUAGGUUGUGAAUUGUAUUCCUGUGUGUACAUCACCUUUUCAUUAGGUUUUCUGGCCAGUUCCUAUUCGAAAUAAAGGCUAGGAGUAGGAAUUAUAAUAUAUAUAAUAAAGUAUUCUAUUAAAAUGUUUGUGAA